CGUGCGCCUCUGUGACUCCCCUCUUAACCACCCCACUCCGAAGCGGGCGACGACACUGCUGUAAUGUGGCAACCUGUGCUCGUGUAUUUCCUGCUGUGUGUCGGGCCCUCGCAUCAACAGUUCCCCCGGCCGUGUGCCACCCGGGAGGCCCUGCUGGCCAAGGAGUGCUGCCCGGCGUGGGAGGGAGACGGUUCUCCCUGCGGAGCCGGCUCGGGUCGGGGCUCCUGCGAGGACGUGCGGGUCCCGGAGCAGCCCGACGGGCCGCAGUACCCCUUCGCCGGGUUGGACGACAGGGAGAAAUGGCCCCUGGUUUUCUACAACCGGACUUGCCGGUGCGCGGGUAACUUCAUGGGUUUCAGCUGCGCCGACUGUGCGUUCGGUUACUUCGGGGUGAACUGCAACGAGAGGAGAGAGUCUCUCAGGAGGAACAUAUUUCACCUCUCCAGGGCCGAGAGGCUCAGGCUCGUGUCUUACCUGAACCUGGCCAAGCAGACCAUCAGCAGGGACUACGUCGUGGCCACCGGGACCUACCAGGAGAUGGAGAACGGCUCCAACCCGAUCUUCGCCAACGUGUCCUCGUACGAUGUGUUCGUGUGGAUGCAUUACUACGUGUCACGGAACGCGCUGCUGGGCGGCCCCGGGAACGUGUGGACCGAUGUGGACUUUGCGCACUGGGCGCCCGCGUUCCUCCCGUGGCACCGCUUGUACCUGCUGCACUGGGAGCACGAGAUCCGGAAGCUGACCGGAGACAAUGGCUUCAGCAUCCCGUACUGGGACUGGAGGGACGCCCAGGGGUGUGACGUGUGCACCGACGAGCUGAUGGGGGACCGGAGCCCCCGGGAUCCCAGUCUCCUGAGCCCAGGCUCCGUCUUCUCUUCUUGGACGGUGCUGUGCUCCCGGGCGACCGAUUACAGUGACAGAGGUGUGUUGUGUGAUGCUCGGGGAGAAGGCCCGCUGCGCCGUAACCCUGGAAACCACAACCGCAAUGUGGUUGAGCGAUUGCCGACUUCUGCAGAGGUGGAGUUCACUCUCAGUUUGCCCGACUAUGACACCGGAGCCAUGGACCGCGGGGCCAACAUGAGCUUCAGGAACACUCUGGAAGGAUUCGGGGAUCCUCGGACUGGGUUAGGAAACAGUCCCCGGAUGGGCAUGCAUGCCGCCCUUCAUGUGUUCAUGAACGGAUCCAUGUCCUCGGUGCAGGGCUCAGCGAACGACCCCAUAUUCCUUCUGCACCACGCUUUUGUUGACAGCAUCUAUGAGCAGUGGCUCAGGAGGCACAGACCGUCUCCGGCCCAGUACCCAGACUCUGAUGCUCCUAUAGGGCACAACAGUGAAUACCACAUGGUGCCCUUCCUGCCCCUGCAUAGAAACAGGGAAUUCUUCAUCUCCAGCAAGGAAUUAGGAUAUGAAUAUUCAUACCUGCUAGAUGCGAACCAGAGGCUGGCAGAAUCCAUGCGUCCCUACCUGGAGGAACUGCGGGAUGUGUGGCCCUGGCUCCUGCUGGCGGGGCUCUGCGGAGGAAUGGCAGCGGUGACCCUAGCUGCCGCCGUCCUCAGUGCGAGACGGAGAUGCGGAGCGUCGGAGUGGUUGCGCGUGACCAAGUGGAAACACUUAUUUGCCCUCCCGGAGAGACAGCCACUUAUCUGCAGUGACUCAGAGGAAACCAAGCAGCGUAACUACCAGACGACUCUGUGAAGGUUCUGUGUAGGGACACACUCAUCUAGGAAUGUUUUCCUAGUUUUCAUUUUUAACAAGCACUGUGAAUUAUACCACAUACUUAUUAACUCAUUGUGAUGAUGUCUAUGUAAUAUUUGUUAUUGUCAAGGUAUUUCAACUGUAUCAAAAGUAAAAAACUGUUUA